CCUCUAUAUUCAGCAAUGUUACACGUCUGCAGUACAAGGUAUAAACAUUGCCUGGGUAGAAUACUCCAUCAUGCACUGGUAUGUGUAUACCUAGACGAGUCCACCAUCAUAAACAUGGUCGUGCCCAAUUGAUGGAUAAUUGGUCUUCGUCGAAGCGGGGAGAGGGAGAGCCGCCUCUGAGACCAACGAUAGACAUCAUCAUCAUCAUCACCCAUCAGUCCUCUCCCGACACGCGCGGGUUCUCCGAGGCUGUCGCAAACCGACCCAAUGCGGAAGACACCUCGAUCGAUGCUACCUACUACUACAUCAUCGGUCUCGACAUCAUCGUCGUCGUCGUCGUCGUCGUCGUUGCGCACGUGACGGUGUCGAUCGUGGUGGGAGAGAAAAAUCCUUCAGCGAUGCCCAGAUUCCAAGGUUGUUUUAUUUCGAUCCGGCGAGUGAUGAUGGUGGAUGAAUCUGGGCAGGCUUUUCCAUCAUGCAUCGACAUCAUCAUCAUCAUUCGAGAGGCUCGUGCCGAAAAGUCAAGCUUCGUCCAACUGCGUCAUCGCCCUUUUUUUCCUUUCUUGGGCUUGCGUCUCUCCGUCUCUCUCUCGAGGGUCCUUUUUGUACAUGUAGAAACGACAACGGCGGCAGCAGCAGCAGCAGCAGCACCACCGCCAACAAAGCGACUACUGCUUUAGCUACUGUAGCUACCUAGGUAUGUCUGUGGACAGCCAUUGACGACGAUCCGAACAGACGAAAUCCGGGCAAUGGGACCAAAUAAAUAGCUAAAACACU